AUGCCAGCGCAGCCGUCGCCGCCAUUGCUCAGCCCAUCGUCUACGACUGAGGCUGGUCAGCAGCCGCCAGCGUUUGCAGGCACAGCCACCGCCACCGCCGCGAACACGGCGAACGGCGCGGCGCAGAACAGCGGCAGACCGCCGACGCUCGACCUGCGCAAGUCUGACGAUUCAAUUGCCAAUCGCGUUCUGAGCUCGCUGCGCCCGUCGCCAACCGCGUCGCCGGCUGCUCCAUCGACCCCGACCCCCACCCCCAGCAGUAGCAUUGGUGCCGGUGGUGCUGCUGGUGGUGGUGGUGGGCAGGCGGGGCUGACCACGGCGGCCAAAUCAGCCAGCGUGUCCUCAGCAGCAGGAGUCGCACCUGCAUCCAAAUCCAGCAGUGGCUCAUCGUCGCCCAAGCCCGCCCUUCUGAUGACGACGCCAGGGCCAGCAACCCCAACCAGCAAGGCAGCAAAGACAGCAGCAGCAGCAGCAGCCUCUACGCCUGCAUCGACGUCAACAACGCCUGCAGCGACGACCACUGCAGCUGCUUCAGCUUCCUCCUCGUCCUCGUCCUCCUCCUCGCGCAAAAAGUCGCUGCUGCCCGCCGUCGUCCGCGAGCUGCUGUCCGUGUCGCUUCUGGUGGAGGCCACGAUCAGCCUCAAACUAUUCCUCCUGGCCGAGGAGCGUGCUCACCGUGAAGUUCGCCGAGAGCGGGCUGUGCAAGACUCGGAAACCACAGAGUGGCUCAACACUGUGAUUGAGCGCUAUUGGGUGUUUUACGAGCCCAUUUUGUGCAAAACCAUCAAGGACUCCAUUGAGCCGGUGUUGGCUUCCGCGAAACCGGGUUUGAUUGAAUCCAUCAAACUGACCACUUUCACACUUGGAUCGAUGGCUCCGUACAUUCGCACGGUUCGCGUUCUUGCAGCACGUCAAAUCGCGGCCCAAAAGGCGUCGUCGUCAGAAGAAGAAGAGGUCGCGGCAACCGAGGAAGGCGCAACCGGUCUCGUCACAUCCAUUUCGUCCGCUGCCAAUAUUCUCAUGAUGGCCAAAAAGCGCGCCUCAAAGCGCGGCUCGGCCUCCGCGGCUGCCGACGAUCCGUAUGCGCGUCCGUCGCCUGGGUACCAGCAGCGCCUCAGCACGAGCGAUCGCAUCAUUGCCGAUGUUGAGCUCGGCUUCCAAGCGCCGCUCGCCAAGAUUGUCGUGUCCAUCAAACUGGGCGGCAAGUUCAUCGGGCUCACAUUGCCCGUGCAGCUCAAGGAGAUUGACUUUGCGGGCACCAUGCGAACCAAUGUCAAGUUGAUUGACCAGUUCCCGCACUUGGACUCGAUCACCUUUGGGUUUUUGAACAUGCCCCGUGUUCGCUUUGCCAUUCAGCCGCUCAAAACCAUCGACAUCAUGGAUGUGCCAAAGCUGUCCGAGUGGUUGUACGGUAUGGUUGAGGACGCCCUCCGCACGUCUGUGGUCGAUCCGCACAACAUUACUAUCAACCUGAACAGCAACAAGGCAAACGCGCUCAUGUUCUUCUCGGACAUUUACAAGCUCUCAACCGCCCUGUACGUUGUCCGCGUGUCCCGCAUCACGAACAGCACUCCGCCUCCGCUGACACCGUCCGGCACCAAACAGGCGAGUUCGGUCGCGGUCAUCGACAGAUCCACUGAGGAAGGCGUUGGUGGCGGUGGCAGUGUGCCUGCGGGAGGGCCACCAAAGCUCGUGCGCCAGUUCACGCUGGACACGAUCACGCCGACAAAAGCCAAUGCACCCGUGGCCAUUCAGCCUGGGGCUGCGAUGCCCGACUCGAGCGCCGAGGGAACACUGGAUUUGUAUUGCACAGUCAAGAUUGGCGACGACAAGCGACGAACCGAAGUGCUGCGCGUUGCCUGCGCAAGAACGCCGCAGGGUGUCAGUCCGACGAACGUUGCGUCGAACAAUUUUGACACGCCGUUCGUGUUCUUGACCUCGCAGCCCGAAUUUGACACAAUGACUCUGACCGUGCGUCGCAAAAGGAAGCUGAAGAAUGAAACGCUUGGCUGCAAAGAGCUGGCUCUGUACUCUUUGGACGACGCCACGGGCAAGCACAAUGUUGAGGUCGAGUUGGAAACGAUCGACGGUUUGGUGCAUUUGGAAAUCCAGCGAAUUCCGUUGGCGUAUAUUCGUAUGCCAAGCGAUUUCGAGCUUGCCCAUGCACGCGCGACGGAAGACGCCGCGGCGCAGGCGGCAGCAGCGGCAGCAAAUACAGAGAUUGAACUAGAUGAGCUGGAGCCAGAAGCGGCCAAGCCCACUGUGGAUGCAGUGGCUCCUGAUUCCGCGGCCCCUGCUGACAGUACCACGACGGCAGCUUUGACGGAUGUGUCUGCGCUCGAGAAAACCCUCCUUGAGCCUCAGCCAGAUUCGCGCGAAUUUGGUCAUCCCGCCAUGCCUGCGUACGCACCUGCGAACAUCGACAGUGGCAUCUUCACGUUGAUUGUACACGCAGCGCGCAAUUUGGAUGCGGCCGAUUCCGACGGCCUCAGUGAUCCGUUCUGCAUUGUGGACAUUCGCACGCGCACUCGCAAGUACGAGUGGUUUUCGACCAAUUACAAGCGCGACACUCUGAAUCCCGAGUGGGAGGUAGCCAAAGAGGUUGCAGUGCUCGAUUUCCGCACCACCAAAGUCCGCAUCAACUUGUUUGAUUUCGACGACCUGUCGGACAACGACCCGCUUGGGCAUUGUCUCAUCAACUUGCAGACCAUGUUUGCUGUGGACUUGAUCCGCGAGCGCGUUUGGAUUCCCGUGCUUUUCGACAAGGACACUGCAAAACUCAAGGAGGGGUUGAAGCGCCCGUACCAUGGCGAGGUGUGCGUUUCUGGCAUCUUCCGGCCUCAGCCUCUGGUCUUUGACGACGCUCCUCCAGAUACCAGCGACGACGUGGACACGGAAGUGACGGGUGUCACUAGCGCUCUUGGAAAGGGCGCCAGACUCAGUGGCAAGGGCGCCAAGGCGUUGCUUACGACCUCGCGCGACAUCAUGACGCUGAAGCGCCUGCGCAACAUUGGCAAGAAACACCACAAGGUGGACAGCGCUACCAUCACCGUCCGUUUGAUUGAGGGCGAGAAUCUGCCCGCGAUGGAUUCCACUGGCUUGAGUGAUCCUUACGUUGUUGGCCGACUGGGAAGCAAGCAGCUGUUCCAGUCGCGCGUGAUCAAAACCACCCUCAAUCCCAAGUGGAAUGAUACUUUCAAGGCGCACGUGAGCGACCGUUACGCCCACCCUCUCACGCUCAAUGUUCGCGACAUGAACGCGAUUGGCUCCCACUCGAUGGGCGAAAUUGAAAUCUCGUUGACUGACGAGCAGUCCUGCCAAGGCGAGCCGAAAUGGUAUCCCGUCACCGGAAAGAGCCACAGCCGCGGUCGCGUGCUUGUGGCCGUCACGCUUGUUCUUGCCGACUCGAUCGGGCAGGAGGAGGAGCUGGACGAGGACGACGAGGACGAGGAGGCCGUAUUCGACCCGCCUUCGGACGAAAGCAGCGAGGUACUCGCUGCAGCCACCCGCGAUCGCACCCUGACCGCAAGCAGCCAAGACCUUGACUGGGAGGGUGAGGAGAGUAUGACCGCGCACGCUCGAGGAAGCCUGAAGCGCCUGGGCAAGCCGUUCAAGGCUGCUGCCAUGACCAUCGCCGCCAUGUCUCGCGGUAUGCAUCACCAUAGCGAUGCGAGUUCGGCGAGUACGUCCACCCCGACCACGCCGCGGCAGACUGGCGCCGUUGCCAGCAUUGCCAACUCGGCCAGCACGUCCUCGCCGACCACGCCGCGUCAACCUGGCGCCAAUCCUGCCGCCGCCAAUAAUGCGAGUUCCACGGCAGCGGCUGACGCUGUGAAUGCGGCGGCCAACGCCGCAACCGCCAUGGCGGUCACUGCCACCGGUGCAACCGUUGCGUCGGCCACUGGCGACCCUGCUCGGGCGGGGAUGACCAACGCGACACUCUUCGUCCCCGGAGGUCCCGUCGCUCGCGGACCUUCCGCUGAAAGCGAGCGCAGCGGCACGGGAAUCGCAGCCUCCCCCAGCCGACACUCUCUAGCAGCGCUCGGAGCUGGCGAGAUGCGUGUUGCGCGGCUUUCUGCCGUCAUCAUUCAAGCAAAGGAUUUGAGUCUGCCCGAUUCCAAAGGUCCUGGGUCUCACGUCCCUCCAGAAGCAUACGUCAAAGUACGCGCUGGCCGCUCUGUUGUUUACAAGACAAGCAAGCACAAGUUGCUGUCCAACGCGACCGUGCGCUGGGACGAAGCCUUCUCGUUCGCAAGCAUCAACCUGGCUCUCAAGCCGGUCGUGUUCCAAAUCAAGGAAAAGAAGGCUCUACUGAACAGCGGGCUGAUUGGCGCUCACGACCUGUCGUUGGAGGCUGUCUUCCCUGGCUGGCAGCAGUGGCUGAGCGCCCAAGCCUCCAACGCGGCAGCGUCUCCAUCCGAAUUGAAAAAGACCAUUUGGCUGCAGCUCUCUCCUGUUGGCCGGGGCUCUCUACAAGUAUCCCUGACUCUGAGCAGUGUUCAGGCAUAA